CAGAACUCAUACGCAGUCUGGGCUUCAGUGUGGCACACAGGCUAUGGAACGGGACGAGUCUCCUCUCUUUCACUCCCACGAGCGGCAUGCGAGACGGGGACCGACAUGACAGCGAACAGCCGAGGGACCAAAGCCGCGUCUCCCCCCGUGCAGCGGCGGUUGUCCGCGCUACCGAGGCCGGGAGCGGGAGUCCGGCUGCUCCGGUACGCCGCGCUGGUGGCGGUGUGCCUGCUCUGCUACAGUAACUCUCUCUGGGGGGAGUUUGUGCAUGAUGAUAUAUGGGCUAUCACCAACAAUCCAGAUGUCAGACCGGGCUCCAGCCUCCGGAGCAUCUUCACCAAUGACUUUUGGGGCAAACGGAUGGCUGAUAACACCAGCCACAAAUCCUACCGUCCGCUCUGCAUCCUCACUUUCAAGUUAAACAUUUUGCUGGGCGGCAUGACUCCAUUCUACUUCCACCUGGUGAACGUGUUUCUGCACUGCGUGGUGACGGCGCUGCUCAUGCUCACCUGCGAACAGUGUGUGUUUGAAGACAGCAACUUCUCUUUCCUCACCGCACUGCUUUUCUCUGUUCACCCCAUUCACACCGAAGCUGUAUCUGGGAUCGUUGGAAGAGCAGAUGUGUUAGCCAGCAUGUUGUUCCUCCUGGCCUUUCUCUCCUAUAUUAGGAGUGUGUCAGCGAGCAGAAUGGCUGACGAGUUUCCCCCCACAGUGUCUGUCUUGUCACUGGCUCUCAGUCUGUUGUUGGGCACCUGUGCGAUGCUGGUGAAAGAGACAGGCGUUACGGUGUUUGGUGUGUGUGUCCUGUAUGAUUUCCUGGUGCUCUGCCACAAACCACUCAUCUUGCACCUGUCGCACUCCAGGUUGAAGGAGCUCGUCAGAAUUUCCAUCCCAUUCAUCAAACGCGCUUGCGUCAUCUCGUUACAUGUUACAGUCAUCAUGUCUUUCCGUUUAUGGUUGAUGGGUGGAUCCAUGCCGCUGUUCUCAGAGCAAGACAAUCCAGCAUCCUUCUCUCUAUAUCUGCUCACCAGGUUUCUUACAUAUUGCUACCUGCUCGCCUUUAAUGCCUGGCUCUUACUGGCUCCCAUAGUGCUUUGCUACGACUGGCAGGUGGGCAGCAUUCCUUUAGUGGAGUCUCUGUGGGAUGGACGGAAUAUUGCUUCCCUGACUUUGGCUCUCGUCAUGCUGGCGCUGGGCCUGAACUGUGUUACAUGCUUACAGAAGAUGAAAGGGAAGGAGGUGUUGGUGGGUUUGCUGUUCCUGAUCUUUCCCUUCAUCCCAGCCAGUAAUCUGUUCUUCCGCGUGGGAUUUGUGGUGGCAGAAAGAGUUCUCUACAUGCCCAGUAUGGGUUACUGUGUUCUGGUGGUGCACGGGCUGAACAGACUGAAUUCAGUGGUCAGUCGGUGGGGAGCGGCUGCACUAACUGUGUCCAUGCUGGUUGUCCUCCUCCUCUUCUCCUGGAAGACCGUCCAACAGAAUGAGAUCUGGCUCUCCAGAGAAGCCCUGUUCAGGUCUGGCAUUCAGACUUUACCUCACAAUGCUAAAGUUCAUUACAACUAUGCCAACUUCCUGAAGGACAGGGGCCGAAACCAAGAAGCCAUUUACCACUAUAAAACAGCCCUCAGACUGUACCCUCGACAUGCCAGUGCUCUGAAUAAUCUGGGCACCCUGACUCACCAGACUGAGGAGGCUGAAGUUUAUUACAGGAGAGCGCUGAAUAUUAACCCUCAUCACAACAGAGCUCUCUUCAACCUGGGCAACCUUCUGAAGUCUCAGGGAAAGGAGGAAGAGGCGGAGAGAAUGUUGAAGGAAUCUAUUCAUUUCGGUCCCCAUUUUGCUGAUGCCUACUCCAGCCUCGCCUCUCUAUACGCUGACCAGGGACAUUCAAAAGAAGCAAAUGAAAUUUAUACCAAGGGUAUUGAGAACUGCCCCGACAGUUCUGACCUCCAUAACAACUAUGGCGUGUUCCUUGUGGACACAGGUCAUGGAGAUCGUGCAGCCUUUCAUUACCAGGAAGCAGUGCGUCUCAAGCCAUCUCACUAUGUUGCCAUGGUGAACCUGGGUCGUCUUCUUCGCUCGUCCAAUGACAAUAAAGAGGCGGAGCUAUGGUACAAAAGGGCCCUGCAAGUGGUUCGUAAGGUGGAUAUCCUAACCCCUCUUGGGGCUUUAUACUACAACACCGGUAGAUAUGAGGAGGCACUGGAGGUUUACAGAGAGGCGGCCACACUUCAGCCCGACAGCACUGAUAUCUGGCUCGCCCUGGCUCAGGUUUUAGCUAUGGCAGGUCGCUCUGCGGAGGCCGAGAAAAUGACCCUGGGCAUCAUUUCAAAGACCAGCAACUGCAUUGAAUGUUACCGCUUGUUGUCUGCCAUCUACAGCAAACAAGGCAACCACACUGAGGCAUUGGAUGCAUUGAAGACAGCACUGCAGCAGGAGCCGUCAGACCCUGCUGUGAAGGCAGAGCUGCACUUCUCCAUGGGCAACCAGCUCAGAGAGAUGAACGAGCUUGAUCGAGCCUUCAAGAGCUACAAGCUUGCUGUUGAGCUCAAACCUGACCAAUCACAAGCCUGGAUGAAUAUGGGCGGCAUUCAGCAUAUCAAGGGAGACUAUGCAGCAGCAAGAAUGUACUACCAAAGAGCUCUUCUCCUCUCACCCGGAUCUAAACUGCUGAAGGAGAACCUGGCCAAGCUGGACAGACUAGAGAAAAAACUCCAAGGAGCCUAGAGGAACAGCGUGACCUGAACUCAACUGUCAGACAA